AUAAAAAUGAUGAAAUCAUUCUAUAUUUUUGUCGUGUUUAUUCAAAUCCAAAUAGCAUUGUCUCAACCAAUUCGGUCUACUACGGGAUCUAAUAAGCUCAUACAAGUACUCUGCAAAAGUAAUAUUUAUCCCAGCCUCUGCGACUCUACUCUCAAUCUUGAUCCUAGAAGCAAGAAUUCAAAUCUACGAGGGCUUGCGCCGAUCUCUAUCGACGCGACUUCAAAAAAAGUCAACGAGUUGUUAAAUUAUCUCAUUUUCGUCUCUAAGAACAUCAAAGACCGUGAAGACUUAAAGAAGUAUAAAACUUGCAUUGAUGAGUAUGGCACGAGGGCUCGUAGGUUUUUACCGGCGGCGUUGGCUGAUCUUAAAGCUGCGAAGUUUUCUCUAGCGAAGUCUGUAAAAAGUGUUGUGUCGAUACCUGAUCAUUGUGAGGCGCAAUUCGCUGGAAUUUCGCCGUUGACCGGACGUAACAAAGCCGUCCAUGAUAUCGCUUAUAUGACUGCUGACAUCAUCAAAUAUCUUUUUGUCAAUAAUUAAUAAAUUUUUAGUCUUGUUCAAAGUACAAUCGAGUAACGAAUAAGAAUAAGAUAUUUAUUUCUAUUUUUAUCAUCAGGAGUCUUUGAUUAAUCCGUACUCUAAAAGGAAAACUUUCUUACGUACUAUUGUUAUAUAGGAUACGUUUAUUUAUAACUUCUGCUUAACAUUCAAUUUGAAUAUCGAGUGAACGAGAUAUGUAGAAUUUCUUUAA